AUGUGUUCAACUGUUCAACGAGACGAUCAUCCACCCCGAAUUUGUAUCCAGCCUCGAUGCCUCCGCACGACAGGCAACAAGGACUCAAGCAGCAGCGCUGCACCCCUCAAUGUGCGAAGUAACCGCGGGAAUGCCGUAAUCGUUACUGGUGUUUCUGGCAACAACGUCUGCGUGCGCGCCCAGCGACAAGUCAACGCCCUGGUGCAACAAACCAACCGCGCUCUGCUGAGAGUAGCCAACGCGGCCCCCAACGAUGAGGCACUCCUUACGGCCCUCGGUAGCGUUCAAAACGGACUGCGGGAGUCCCUGACGGGCAUCAGCAACAUCACUACCGCGCUCUCGCAAGGCGUCGCCCCGAGUGCUGACCAGGUGAACCUAGUCACCACGGGUCUUGCUGCUGCCAAGGAGGCUCUUGGUACUGCGCAGACCGCCGACGCCCGCGUUGUGCGUCUCCUCCAGAAUGUCGCGACCAACCUGGAGCGCGCGACCCAGGCGGGCGAGAUCGUCCCCGCUGCGUGCGCUGGUGCAGAGAAUACGGCGACUGCUACUGAGUCGGUUUCGGAGACGGCCACUGCGACGGAGACGGCGACAGAGACUGCAACAGAGACUGCCAGUGCAACAGAGUCGGUCUCGGAGACAGCGACUGCUACGGAGGCUACGGAGACUGCGUCGGCUACCGAGUCGGUGUCUGAGACCGCCACUGCCACGGAGACUGCGUCUGCCACCGAGGCCACCGCCACCGAGACCGCGUCGGCGACGGAAUCCGCUGUUGAGACAACUACGACUGCCGAGGCUGAGCAGAACACCGCUACGGAGAGCGCUGCGUCUUCGACGACCGAGAGUGCUGCUGAGGCCACGGCUACCGAGAGUGCUUCGGCCACUGAGACCGCUGUUGAAUCGACCGCUACCGCCACUGAGACUGCCACUGAGACCGCUGUUGAGUCGGCGUGCCCAACUGCUGAGACUGUCACCGUCACCCAAGCUACUGCUACCGUAACCGUCACAGCUACCGCCAGCGCCACUGCCACUGCCAACCGCGGCAACAACAGGAUCAACCGCAAUGGCAGGAACAGGCAGCAGCAGACCGACGACGAUGAGGACGACACCACCACCGCUGGCCAGAGGCAGCGGGGCCAGCAGAGGCAGGGCAACAACAGGCAGCAACAGCAGCAGCAGCAGACCGACGACCAGGCCGAUGAUCAGACCGGUGCUGGCGACUCUGCCCCCGGAACCGAGGAUGACCUCCCCACUGUUAACCGCCGUGCCGCGUUCUCCAGGCUCUUCCGCCGCCUGCUGUAA